GAACAAGACAGGCACCAGACAACAAAACCCCACUAGCCUAGGACCUAUUCCAUGAGUGCAGCCCUGUGUUUUCUCCUUCAGGGAUGGACCAAACAGCCUCUGAAGCAGGCCUGAAAACUGGAUUCUUAAAGUGGAAACCAGACUAUGAUAGUGCAGCUACUGAAUAUGCGAAGGCAGGUGUUGCUUUUAAAAAUGCCAAACAGUUUGACCAGGCAAAGGAUGCCUAUUUGAGGGAAGCUGAAGCACAUGUGUGUAAUAAGGCUCUCUUUCAUGCUGCCAAAUUCUUCCAACUUUUCUUACAGGAAAUGCAGAAACUUCCUGAAGCAAUUCAGCUGAUUGAGAAGGCCAGUAUGAUGUACCUGGAGAAUGGGACACCUGACACAGCAGCUAUUGCACUGGAACGGGCUGGAAAGCUUAUAGAAAGUGUGAACCCGGAAAAGGCUGUACAGCUUUAUCAGCAGACAGCAUCGGUGUUUGAAAAUGAAGAACGUUUACAGCAGGCUGUAGAAUUACUUGGGAAGGCCUCACGACUUUUAGUGAGAGGACGCAGAUUAGAUGAGGCUGCAUUAUCUCUUCAGAAGGAGAAAAGUAUUUAUAAAGAAGUUGAAAAUUAUCCAACAUGUUACAAGAAAACUAUUGCUCAAGUCUUAGUUCAUCUUCAUAGACAUGACUAUGUUGCUGCAGAAAGAUGUGUCAGGGAAAGUUACAGUAUACCAGGAUUCAAUGGGAGUGAAGAUUGUACAGCACUAGAACAGCUUCUAGAAGGAUAUGACAACCAGGACCAGGAUCAAGUUUCUGAUGUCUGUAAUUCACCUCUCUUCAAGUACAUGGACAAUGAUUAUGCCAAGCUUGGUCUUAGCUUGGCUGUCCCUGGAGGAGGAACAAAGAAGAAAUCACCAGUUACUGCACAGGAGAAAGCAGGAUCAACUGCAGGUGGUUCCCAUGCUGAUGAGGAAGAUGACGAUUAUUCUGGUGGACUGUGCUAGUUAUAAAUGUGUUUACUGUUAAAUAUCAGACUUGCUGUUUGUGGAUGUUGAGCAUAUCCAAAGGUACCAAAAUUACCAGUGCUUCAUUGCAAUCAUGAUAUUGGAAUGCUAAUAUUGACAGCUUUUGGGUACUAUUACAAAAAGCAUGACUGCCCACAACUUGUUGAAGCAUUUCUGGAUUUCAUUCCCUAUUACGGUAAGAACUUCCUGAGUACACUGCCUUCCGCUGACUGAUAUAUUUGAGUACUAUUGUGAUUUCUUUAAAAGCAUAUGGGUUAAAAGAAUCUAAAUCCGUUUGGAGAGAGAUAUUGAAACAACGGGAGUUUCAGAUCAUGGGAUUCUAGCAUAUUUUGACUGGCUCUUCUGGUUCUCUAUAACAUGUUUGUGAUUUCUUUCCACUUUGGCAGUUUUAAAGGUCAUUCAUCUUGAUGUAAUUUUUAGCACGUUGCAUAUCUGAAUAAAGAUGAUGGACUCUACCAGAUCAGAUAUUUACACAAAUUUAAACCUCUGGGGUGUGGACUAUACCAUUUAUUUUGAAAGCAUUUUUAUCCUAUAGUGAGAUUUGUUUUAAAAACCUUAUUUUUAUAAGCAUUAUCCAAGAAGUAUAAAAGGGUGUAAAAGGGUAUGGAACAUAUUAAGACAACUGGUAUGAAGCUGCCUUGCAAGUUUCUUCAGAUACCCUCAUUAUUUUGCCAUUUUGCCAUUAUUUUUUCAUCUAAAGAGACAAUAUUGUCAAGAGGUCUUUGGCCACAUACAUGUACACAAUUUGAGAUGCUGUUUGAAAUUACAUAUUGCAAAGGAGAAAUAAGCUGCUAAUAAUUAAUUUUAUAAAGAAAAGACGGAAGACAGAUGUACUGUUUGCUGAGUUUUAAAGCCUCUGAGUGUAAGAAAGCAAUUUUGUAAUCACUCAAAACACCAUUCUUCAAAAAUGUGAGGAGUUUGUGAAUUUGGAAUAGGCAGUACUCCUACAAUUAUUUAAAGCAUAAUGUAUCUAGUAAGUGGUCUGUUUUGCAUUUUGUAGUUUUGGCAAAGUUCCCAUUAGUAAUCUGGCAAAGUUAUUUGAAGCACUUAAAUGUAAAUCAGCACAAAGGUCCAGUGUAUAUUCUUCAGGAUCAGACUAAAUUUGACUACUUCAGUUUGACCAGACCAUGACCAUAGAGUUCAAUUCUGCAGAAUUUUUUUACAGAAGAACCCAUGAAGAUCUACUAUACUAUGGGAUGAAGUCAUUCACAUCUGAGGGGGAUUCAUGAAAUACAUGGCGCACCAUGACUCCUAAAUUGCAGCGAGGAUUAGAGAAGCAAGGUAUAAGCACUAAUACUGUCACUUUUACCAUGUUAAACCAUCAAAUUAUUUCAGAAAUUUUGAGAAUUCUUGGAACAAUUCUGUUUAAGUAUGCAAGUGUGAAAAGGCUCCUUUGGAUGGAUGAUAUGUGAUUUAGGAACGUAGUAAAAAGUUGUGCAAACUUUGAAUAUGUGCUAUAUUGGUCAUACAAGGCUAGUGUGACGUACACCAGAACCUCAUUGAUACUUUUAUUCUCUUAUGCAAGGAUAGAAGUUUUUAAAAAUGGUUCUGGGCCCAAAUUGUAUAAUAGACUGAAGCUUAUGUCUUAAAUCUGAAAUUGUUUAAAAAUAACCUUUUAGUGCUGUGCUUUUCCCAUGUGUUCUUUGUCACGUUUAUACUGGAAACAUAUAUAUUGGAAAUUUGCUUGCACUCCUUGACUUCUAUAAAAUAUAAAAAAUAAAAUUUGGCAAAUGUGAGUGGUGCAAAACCUCAGAAGAUCUGUGACUUGAACUUUUAACAGUACUAACAAUUGUAACUUUGGGAGUAGCUUAUUCAAAUGAACUCAAUAACUUCUGACUCCUUGACUGUUCAUGGACAUACAGUAUUCUCUAGAACAGGGAAGCUUCUAGGAUAUCAUCGACAUUCACAGUACUUCCGUGUGAAAACUUAUAGAUUACAAUGGGAAUUUAAGACUACCUGUUAAUACAUAACCUGGGAUAUUUGAGAGGGAGAAGAAAAUUAGGGAUUCUUGUGUGCCUGUAUAUGUUAGUAAGACAAAAAGUACUGCAGUUUUGUUUAAACUACCCCAGUGAUAAAACACUAACACGUUGUGUAAAAUAAGGAAACAAGUCUAUGCAUCCACUUUUGGGAAAAAAGCACUUUUGUAGCAUCUGUUUUUGUGAUGUUCAAAACAAUAUUAGACACUAAUCACUAAUUUUCCAAGUAUCAUGGUGAGAUUUUAGCUAGAUAAUUCCCUCCAUGUUGGUAGGGGAUUUUAAACUAAAACUCAUGUACUGAUUAAAGAAAGUUAAGGGCAAAAAAAUCUUUGUACUAUGCAAACAAAACUCCCAUUAAAAUCAAAGGGACUUGUAUGCAUAAAAGAAAAUAAAAUUUUAAUAUUUGAUUGCAAUGUUUUCAAGAUUGAAAUAUGAAAAGAUAGCUAUGAUUGAAAACAAUUUUAUGUAAUCUAUUUCCCCCAUUUUAGGUAAUGAAAGUGUAUUAGGAAUGUUACUGCCUUUAGUAAAUGUGUAAUUAUAAACAGAUAUCUGUAUAUUACAUAUUUAAUGUUUGUUUCUUUUCAAAAUAAUUGGUACAUUUUGUAAUUUAUUACUUAAAAACAAGUUAGUGAAAAUGUACUGUUUUGCAGCAAGAAAAUGUAUUUCAAAAAAUGAUGCCAACUAUUUAAAAACAAAGUUUGCAUGAAGAUGCUGAAAUAUAAUCCAUUGUACAUGAAGUCAGAUGAUUUGUAAAUUACCUUUAAUAUGACUGAAUUUGUAUGUCCAGAUGCAAUGUAAAGUGGUCAUAUAAUGUGAAACUGUGCUUAUCCAAUGUCCAAACCUGUGAUGUGCAAUAGAAUAUGAAGAAUAUUUGUAACAGCUCUUCAGAUGCUGCCUCUUUUGAAAGAGGUUAUGUGUUUCAUCAAUAUAGAAAUAAAACUUGAAAUUACAAACAUA